AUGGCCGACGCCUCCGACCAGGCCCCCUACGGCGACGAGCACCGGUCGGGAGACGACGCCCGACGCACCUACACACCGUACCAGGCGGAGGGCCUCAGCGUGCUCUCGCCCCGCGCGCUCUACGACCUGCCGACCUCGCCGGAGCUGCUGUUCCACGAGGAGCGGCGCAAGGGCCGCACCUGGGGCGAGAACCUCACCAUGUACACCGGCUGCGGCUACCUCGCCGGCUGCGCGUCGGGAGCGGUCGUCGGGCUGCGGCGCGCCGCGGCCGAGUCCCAGCGCGGCUAG